AUGGUUUUUGGUAGGAUCACUCAACUUUACACUGCUGCAUCAAAUCGUUUUGGAGCUGCUACACAAUCUUCUCUUCCAUCCCCUGAUGUAGGGACUUCAUUACCAGAUCCCAUCAGUUUUGGUAAUAAUGGACGAAAGAAUGGGUUGAGACACUCAGCGUCUCUCCAAGAAUUCUCUUCCUAUCACGGGUUUGAUCCUGAAGAAGCCAUUCUUGCUCGGCAAAACAUAACUAAUGGAUCUAGCUUCUCCAAGGAAAAGGGAGGUGUCCCUAAUGGGACCAACCCAUCUCGUAAAUGGAUCCGUGCGGUUAUGAUUCUUAUGUACUUGCUUCUGUUUGCUUUCCUAGUGUAUAUAGUCUCCAUGUAUGUGUACACAAACUGGUCUCGUGGAGCGUCGAGAUAUUACGUUAUGUUUGAUUGUGGAAGGACGGGGACUCGUGCUUACGUCUAUCAGGCAUCUAUAAACUACAAGAAAUAUAGUAGUCUCCAAUUUGUUAUGAAGUCUUUGACAGAAGGUAUUUCUAGAAAGACUAGUGUCCGUGCUUAUGAUUGGAUGGAGACAGAGCAUGGUUCGAUAAGCUUGUCAACAACAGAACAGGCUUGA